AUGGGGGCGGCCAUUUUGGGAAGCACGCUUGCACAGGUCGCCUCUGUCAUAAUCCUGAACGAGGCUGAUGAGACUGUUCAGGGUGGUGACUGGGGAGUGAAUUAUCCUCCACAAGAGAUGUGUGCUUUGAGAGGAUCCUCUGUGGUCAUACCUUGUACAUAUGAUUAUCCUGAACUGUUUCAUGGCACAGUUUUAACUGUAGUAACUGUGAAGUGGUUCAGGACUUCUAUUCGUGAUGUUGCUGAUCCAGGCACAUAUGUGUAUCACAGCAGUGGAAUCAAUGUGAGUCCUGAAUAUGAACACCGGACAGAGUAUCUAGGGAACAAAGUCAAGAACUGCACGCUAAAGAUAAGUGCUCUGCAAAGCAGUGACAGAGACAGAUAUUAUUUUAGAUUUGAAACAAAUAACCCUUCUGGUAAAUGGACUGGUAGAACUGGUGUGUCACUUUCAAUAACCGAGCUAAAGGUUACCCUGGACCCUCCUGUUCUAUAUAAUAAUGUGAGAGAAGGAUCUUUUGUUUCCCUGUCCUGUGGCUUUGACCGCUGCAACCUGAGUGAGAGCAGCUUUGUCUGGUACAGGGAGGGGCAGCCAAUCAAGAAUGAGAAAUCAAACAAACUUCAGUUUAUUGUUUCUUAUGAGCGUUCUGGGAAGUACUGCUGUGCUGCUGCUGAGAACAGCAGCAUUAAAUCUGAAGAAUUCGACUUGAUUGUGAAAUACUCCCCAAAGAACACCUCGAUCUCAGUCAGGGCUCCUGGUGGAAUAGUGGAGGGGAGCACAGUGACGCUGACCUGCAGCAGCACAGCAAACCCACCAGCCAGCAGCUACACCUGGUUCAAGGGGAAUCAAAUCAAUGUCGUGAACUCAGGCAGUGAACAGAAUCUCAUCUUUGCAAACAUCAGCCUUGCUGACAGUGGAGAGUAUUACUGUGAAUCAAGCAAUGAGAUUGGAAGACAAAAAUCUCCGCCAAUGCAAAUACAUGUAAAAUACUCCCCAAAGAACACCUCGAUCUCAGUCAGGGCUCCUGGUGGAAUAGUGGAGGGGAGCACAGUGACGCUGACCUGCAGCAGCACAGCAAACCCACCAGCCAGCAGCUACACCUGGUUCAAGGGGAAUCAAAUCAAUGUCGUGAACUCAGGCAGUGAACAGAAUCUCAUCUUUGCAAACAUCAGCCUUGCUGACAGUGGAGAGUAUUACUGUGAAUCAAGCAAUGAGAUUGGAAGACAAAAAUCUCCGCCAAUGCAAAUACAUGUAAAAUACUCCCCAAAGAACACCUCGAUCUCAGUCAGGGCUCCUGGUGGAAUAGUGGAGGGGAGCACAGUGACGCUGAUCUGCAGCAGCACAGCAAACCCACCAGCCAGCAGCUACACCUGGUUCAAGGGGAAUCAAAUCAAUGUCGUGAACUCAGGCAGUGAACAGAAUCUCAUCUUUGCAAACAUCAGCCUUGCUGACAGUGGAGAGUAUUACUGUGAAUCAAGCAAUGAGAUUGGAAGACAAAUAUCUCCGCCAAUGCAAAUACAUGUAAAAUACAAAACGAAUAUUAUAUUAGUCACAAUAGUGGCAAUACAAGCAGCCAUCAUCUUUGCCCUCCUGGUAGUAAUUUGUGUCAAAUGGUUUAAAUCAAAAUCACAAGAAGAUAGCCAGAACAUCCAGCCCAGCAGUGGAGGUGACACCUACGCUACUAUUGAUCUGAAAACCCUCAGCUCAGAUUACGACACAUUACAGGUGAAACAUCAAGCUGAUUACAAGUGACAUGGAAUUGUGAAUGAACUGUACUCUAGCUGUUUAGUGGCAGAUGGAAAUUAACUUUGCAGUGUAUGAAAGGACAUUAUUUACAAAAUGAUAUAUCAUAAUCGUUAUAAUUUUUUUUUUUUUCAAAGUUUGUUUUUAGGAAUAAAAUACCAGUAACAAAACAUCACAGUAUGUAUUAUUGUGCUGAAAGUUUAAAGUGUGAUGCUCUAUUCGAUGUUCUGUUCUAUUCAAUGACUGUUUUUACUUGUGUUGUAUAUCACAGAGUGUGUAUCAAUGCCUGUUUUUACUUGUAUACCACAGAGGUAUCAAUGCCUGUUUUUACUAGUAUAUUACAGUGUGUAUCAAUGCCUGUUUUUACUUGUAUAUCACAGAGUGUGUAUCAAUGCCUGUUUUUACUUGUGUUGUAUAUCACAGAGUGUGUAUCAAUGCCUGUUUUUACUUAUAUACCACAGAGGUAUCAAUGCCUGUUUUUACUUGUAUAUUACAGUGUGUAUCAAUGCCUGUUUUUACUUGUAUAUCACAGAGUGUGUAUCAAUGCUUGUUUUUACUUUUAUAUUACAGAGUGUGUAUCAAUGCCUGUUUUUACUUGUGUUGUAUAUCACAGAGUGUGUAUCAAUGCCUGUUUUUACUUAUAUACCACAGAGGUAUCAAUGCCUGUUUUUACUUGUAUAUCACAGAGUGUGUAUCAAUGCUUGUUUUUACUUUUAUAUUACAGAGUGUGUGCU